AUGGGAAAAAACUCGCACGCUUUUCAAGAAGCCUGCAGAUUGCACUACACAGAAGACAGGCAGCAAAAAAACGUGUGUGCCAGCCACAUGCUGGGAGUCUGUCCCAGGCACGAGCUGAAAAUGGGCCUUGGCAGGACGUGCAGGAAAGAGCACCCUGCCGACCUCUCCGGACACGCCUUCAGCCAGGCCCUCUGCAGAAGCGGCGCGUGCGCAUUCCAGAGCAGGCGGACUCUUUCCGACAUGGACAGGCUGAAAAGCGAGAUAAAAGAGGUUUUUGCACGGACUAAGCCAGCCCGCCCUGAAAGAGAAAGCGUGCAUUUUCUGAGGGCGCUCACAAUUUUCGAGCUCUGUGGAAGCCCGCUUGCUGACGCCGUGCGCCCAAAAAAGCAAAAAUGCAAAGAGUGCCCGCACUACGUUUCCAGCGAAGCAGAGAGAAGAAAAGUGCACGCUGCAGGGCGGGUGCACAGGGCAUACGAGAAAAUGCACGCGUUUAUAGAAAGAUACUAUGCAGGGUGCGGGUUUUGCCAGAAAGCAGGAAAAGUCCCUGAGUAA